AUGUUUAACCCAACACCAAGUCAAUCUACAUCUACCUCCGUACAUGGUACUCACAAAUCUUCAUGGGAAUUACCUCAAGGUGAUCAACCGUUCCCAAGAAAUAAAAUAUCCUCAGCAUUUCAACGUGAAAUACAUUCCUCUCCAAGAUCAAAAUUACCAAUUCAAAUGACUCAAACGGACGAUCCGCUGCAGAGUUCAUUACUUCUCAGUUGGAGAGAUUCAUCAGAUAUAGGGAAAACAGAAAGAGUUUUAGGGUUGUUGAAGAAAUUAGAAGGGAUCGUUAAUGAUAAAUUUGGUGAGAAAAGGUUCGAGGUGGACGUUUAUGGGAGUGUUAGUUGGGGUGGACAAACGGGUAUGAGUGGGGAUUUAGAUUUGGUCAUUAGGGUGAGUACCAUCCCCUCUCUAUGGAGAUCACCACCUGAUCCUGAGAAACCAGCCAAAUCAACUUCUCGAAAAACUCGUAUACCCCUCAUUCCUGAUUUACCAGAUAUAUACGAUCUCACUAAAUUGAGUCGGAAAUUGUCGGCGAAUGGAAUGACAGAUAUUGAAAUCAUUCGAUUCGCUACUUGUCCCAUUAUCAAAUUCACACAUGGAGAGUUUAAAUGUGAUAUUAAUGUUAAUGAUUUGGGAGGAUGGUACAAUUCCCGUCUCAUUCAAGCAUAUUGUGAAAUCUCUCCUUUCAUCCUACGUCCUCUCAUCCACGGUCUAAAACUAUGGGCUUCAUCAAAAGAAAUCAACGAUCCAUCCGGUUCUUUAGGACCCGCUACUAUGUCAUCAUAUUGUUUAACUCUCAUGGCUAUAGCUUAUCUUCAACAUCGAGGUGUUCUUCCAAAUCUUCAAGCACAUAUAAAAGUCCCAAUCCCUUCAUAUCCAUGGAACACCACAGAUCCUGAUGUAGUUUGGGUCGGAUGGGGUAAAGAUCAAGGUAUUCCAACUCAUGUGGAUUUCAAUUCUGAACCUGAUGAAAAUUGGGAGGCUGUAAAAGGAUUGACAGCUGCUGAUGCUUUCCGAGGAUUCUUUUCAUUUUUCAGUAGAACACCAUCAACAAUUCCUACUUCAUCUCAAAAUGUAAAAGUCGGUGGGAAUGGAAAUGAAGGAAAAGGUCGAGGGGAUACAGGAGAAAGAUUCAAUUAUUCAACUCAAAUUGUUUCUAUAUUAAAUGGUGGGAUAUGUCAAAGAUCGACUUUGGAAAAUAAGAUAAAAGGUAAAAAAGAAGAGAGGAUAAAACAAGAGAUGAAUAUGGGUAAAGGGGAUAAAAUACAACCUUCAAAUUGGUCAGAGAGAAGGUUGGUUGUACAAGAUCCAUUCAUUUGGCAAAAGGUGAGUGAUCUCAUGGUUUCUUUUGUUGCUUCCCUCCUUUCAUCUCAUCUUUUCAAUGUGUAA